AUGAGAGAGAUGAGGCAGCAGGAGCAGCAGCAGCAGGAGCAGCAGAAGCAGGAGCAACAGAAGCAACUGAAGCAGGAGCAACAGAAGCAGGAGCAAGAGCAGCAGCAGCAGGAGCAGCAGCAGACAGGCUUCAUCAGCCCCAGACUGGCUUCAUCACCCCCAAGACUGGCUUCAUCACCCCCAAGACUGGCUUCAUCACCCCCAGACAGGCUUCAUCAGCCCCAGACAGGCUUCAUCAGCCCCAGACUGGCUUCAACACCCCCAAGACUGGCUUCAUCACCCCCAGACAGGCUUCAUCAGCCCCAGACAGGCUUCAUCACCCCCAAGACUGGCUUCAUCACCCCCAAGACAGGCUUCAUCACCCCCAGACAGGCUUCAUCAGCCCCAGACUGGCUUCAAUACCCCCCAGACUGGCUUCAAUACCCCCCAGACUGGCUUCAACACCCCCAGACUGGCUUCAAUACCCCCCAGACUGGCUUCAACACCCCCCAGACUGGCUUCAACACCCCCAAGACUGGCUUCAUCACCCCCAAGACUGGCUUCAUCACCCCCAAGACUGGCUUCAUCACCCCCAGACAGGCUUCAUCAGCCCCAGACAGGCUUCAACGUCUUGGUCAAUAUCUGGAAGUAAUUUAUUAUCCCUACUCUGGUUAA